AUGGCUCGGCACGCGGUAUGGUUGCGAAUUGCACUUCUCAAAGCUUCCUUAAAACGCGAGUCCAGCGGCAUCGAUCUUGAUGAAUGCCCCUCAGACCCAAAUAACUUCAUGACCUUCCUUGGUGAAAUCAAUCGCAUGCUUGGCUACUCCGUUGUAGCGCAUUGGAUACUCGAAAGUCAGGGACACUAUUUCGAAGUUACGAAGAGUGGCUUUUUAAAACGAAAGUUCGAAGGGGGAAAGCCUGUCAACUCAGUGAAAUGGAGCGCAGCGGACCGCAUAUACAAUAAUUUUCUUGUUGGAUAUACAUCUCUCGGUGUAGAUGUUAUCGACGAAAUUGGAAGACAAAUGAUGCCAUCAGAGCAUUAUAACCCUCUGUGUGUAAACUGUCAAACAGAGAUCAAGAGCCUUGCCGAAAAGAUUAUCGAUGACCCCAUCGAGAACUUCACAUGGCCCAAUGGGACACUUGAUGUAAUCUACAAGGCGGCGGCCCUCACUUCUGCCGUCGCAGGCACAGUCGCAUAUUUGGGCCUCGACUUCAACAGAAUUAACGCAGGGUUCGAAACGUUCGAGCCUCAUGACACCUGGUCAUACCUCUGCUCCAUAAGUGGCUUCACCAAAUUUAUCCUUACAACAUUUCAAUUUGGGACUCAUGCCGCAAUUGCCGGAGGUAAAUUAUAUAUCAUCCCUCGCAGUUUUUACAAUGGCCUCAUAAAGGCUAUGAGGUUCUACCAUGACGUGGUACGAAAUGGCUGGCUCACAGCUCUUUGGAACGCUACAACUCCGAGCUGGGAGCCUUUCGUGUGGAUGUUGAUGUUUUUUAAAGAUCCUGAGAUUCUUUAUUUUGCAUCUGUGAUCCUCGGUGCGUUUUAUGCAGGAAGAACUGCUGUCAAAUGGACCUGGCAAUUCGGUCAGUGGAUGUGGCAUAAGUCAAAAGAUGUCAUAGAGGUUUUGAGGAACUUGUUAUCGAAGGAGCAGGGCGAGGCGUUUCGUGCUACCGCAAGCAUAUUAAUAUGA